GCAAAUGCAAGGCACUAAAUUUUUAGCAUAAAUUUCGUAAAUAUAUGGCCACCGUAGGAAUAGAUUCAAGACACAGAAGAAUUGGUCUCAUCCCAGGCGAGCCAUAAACUCUGCCAGCCGUUUCUCCUUCUUGGACUUGACCUCACCUUUUCUUUCUAUCUUCUUUUUUUCUUUUUUCUUUUUUCUUUUUCUUUUCUUUCUUUCUCUCUCUUGGGUCAUUUCUUGGAUUCAAAGUCUCUGGAAAAAAUGCCUGGAACAGAGCCCCAACCCUCCUUUCUUGGCAGAAUCAGCAUCCGCCGGAACCAGGUUUCCGCCAUGGACGUAAACCAUGAUCCAGAGCUAGAAGAACUCGAGCUUUUUCAAAAGCACGUAGCUGAUCGCUUCACCGAUUUGUUAUCUCCACAGGAGGAGGUGGCUUCCACUGAAACUCUGCUCUCUAUUUCAUGGCUCAGGAAACUUGUAGACGUGUUCUUGUGCUGCGAAGCUGAAUUCAAAGCUGUCCUUAUAAUGGGUCGCGACCCUUCUCAAAUUUGCAAGCCACCGUUGGAUCGAUUGAUUCCUGAACUGCUGGACAGAGCUGUUAAAGCUCUGGAUAUAUGCAAUGCCGUGUCUAGUGGGAUUGAUUCUGUGCGUCAGUAUCAGAAAUUCGCAGAAAUUGCAGUCUCUGCUUUGGAGCAGAAGCCAAUGGAUGAUGGGCAAGUAAAGCGAGCGAGAAAGGCCUUGAAUUCUUUGUUAACUGCGAUGAAGGUAGAUGAUAAGGAGAAAGAUUUUAAGGGUGCAGAGAGAACAUGGUCUUUCGGGAGGAGAGGAAAUACCAAUCCUUUUCAUAAGGAGCGAGCUGCACGCUACUUCCGAUCUCUUUCCAUGAUCAUCGCUAAAAAUUGGUCUGCUUCUAAGCAGAUUCAGGCAAUGUCUUCCAAUCUCGUGCCUCCUCGAGGUGGAGAACCCACAGGACUUGCAUUACCUGUUUAUGUAAUGAGCUCUGUUAUGGUGUUUGUGAUGUGGGCUCUGGUGGCUGCUUUGCCUUGUCAAGAGAGGAGUGGAUUGGCAACGCAUUUUCCGAUUCCGAGGCAAUUAACGUGGGCACAUAGCAUGAUUGGGCUGCAAGAGAGGAUCGGGGAGGAGUGGAAGAAGAAGGAGAAAAAAGGGUCGGUGGGGCUGUUGGAAGAGAUGCAGAGGAUGGAGAAAUUGGCUCUGAAUUUGAUCGAAUUUGCUGAUGGGUUUCAGUUUCCAGGGGAGACAGAGAAGAUGGAGGAGGUGGCAGCUCAGGUGGCGGAGCUUGCAGAAAUUUUCCGGAAAAUGGGAGAAGGUUUGGUGCCUUUGCAGGCGCAGAUUAGAGAGGUGUUUCAUAGAAUUGUAAGGAGCAGAACAGAGGUUCUUGAAGUGUUGGAUCAUGCAGCCAAAAUUUCUCAACCUACGACAUAACUCGGCGCAAAUAAUUUGCUAAAUUUUGUGCAAAAUCAUAGUCUUGAACUUUGAAAGUUUGAAAAUUUCAAAUUGUUCAUGGGUGUAUGAACAUGUCCAUGUAGAACCUAAAACUUUUUUUUUUUUGGUAGAUGAUUCUAAUACCACUAAAUUAAAAUUUA